GUUAACCUACCUCAGUGUUGGCCAUGGUCCGUGGGUCUAACCGAGUUUAACGCUGUACCUGGAAAAAUGAAUGCCAAACGACGAAGACUGUACUCCGUGGCGUUAAUGUUUUGAAUGGAAAACUAGGAGCAGCGUACUAAAAUGUCACUUUAACGUAGCGUAACCGACUACCUAUGACGUUUCGAUACGUAUUUGCGACACCGGUUAGGGCGCGAAAGUGGACGAUUCAAAACCAAAGACUGUAUAUAAAAGUAUAUAAAAGUAGUAUAUACAGUCUACGUCCAAAACCAUUUGGGUUCCACUUCUAUCCUGCGAACAACAGUGCACACGGUGGUCACGUGUAUCAUUACGUCAUUUUGGGGCGGGACUUCUAAAGCGGCGCCCAUUUAAAAGAAGAAACACAAGCAGAAAAGAAGUGUCGCUAACUUUGGACUCUAUGAAGACCUUUCUCGUCGAUUAACAACUAAUUCUGAACGUUGUUUGUGAUCCGCCAUUAAACGAAAGAGGAGAAAGAAAGAAGAUCUUUUUCGUCGUCGUCGGUCAAAGUUUAGAGUAUCUGCGCUGCAGGGAUUUGGUAAAUUCGCGAUUAAACUACUAACCUUCCUUCUGUGUUAGCUUUACUAUGCAUGCACCCUCUAUAUUAACGGGUCGGGUUUGACCCGUGUCUUAAAUCAGCAGCAAAUUCCACUAACAAUUCUCUAUUAUCCAAUGUGUUUCUUAUCUGUAGCUUCGCAUGUUCGGCUUCAUUAUCCAUGAAAAUAUUGCUUAUAAUAUUUUUGGUUGUGGAUCUCUAUGCCUGUCUUUGCCAGUGUACCCCUUCUUUCAGACUUCUAUAGACGUCUAUACUAAAUUGAUCUGACAUGUCUGGACAUGCCCGUCGUUGUUGUUUUGUGCAGGGAAAACAUGGAAAAAUGAGCAUUCUCUGAAUCUCACAUAAUUGGGAGAGGAUCUGGCUGUCAGUGUAGUGCCUGAACAGUGCACUUAAGAUUUUAGUUUUGACUCUAAUUAUUGCUUUUUAUUCAAACCAGGAGCGAACCAAAGUCAAAAGUCCUAAUGGAAUAAAACAAAUUUAUGUGGUUCUUUUACGCAUUAAAAAACAAACACGGGUCGGCCGUGUUUUUUUUUUUAAAGUGUUAGGGUCACUGAUGACUGAUGAAGGCGCAUUUUUUCAGAAGUUGAUGAGGUUGAAUAAUCUGAAAAUCACAUCUACCACAACAACGUUAUGGCGAUAUAUUGGUGGUACAAAGUGAAAUUUGGGAAGGUGCAUUUUUUCAGAGUUAUCAGGGCCCUUAUUCCUAAAGAUUAUGAGAAUCCUCUUUAAGAUCCUCUUUGAUCCUAAAGUAACCUAAAAUUCAUAGCGAGGAGUCAAGCUUAGGGGUGAUUCCUUAACAUUCUCCGAGAACUCUGAGCUAUAGAAAUAUAUACAAACGCUAGAUGACUCACACACACUGUUAGCCAAUGGAGACCGACCUCCGCGCGUGGCGGCCAUUUUGCUUUAGGCAGCUGUCAACAGUGUAAUGUUAUGAUUAAUGUUAAUGUAAUGUAAUGUUAAUGAUUAGUUAAUCGUUUGACGAUGCUCAAACGAUAUAUUGUGCAGCCCUGAUACACACAUAAGGCUAAACAAAACUGUUCUAAACUAAACCAUUUGUACAUCUGUCAAGAUUUCAGCGAGUUAAGAGUAUUUUUGAUCAUGCAGAUUACUCACCUCCUGUCAGCUACCAUAGAGCGUACCAGAAUAGUGUACGGGAGUAAGAUGGCCGCUGUGUAGGGAGGCAGGUGACUCUACCUCGAGUCAUCUAACCUUUCUUAUAGAUAUCUAUGCUCUGAGCAAGGAAGGGUUGACCACAUCUUCUCCUGCGUGAGGGGGUGUGUGUGGACCCCUUUGCUGGAGAUGAGUCAUCAUUUCAAAAGCUGUGAUUGGUUGAUCCUAAAAGCUAGAUAAAAGUUAUACUAUUUUGCACUUUCAGCAUUUCAACUCAAAAUGGUAUUAAUGAGGGUAAAAUUACUCAGCUUUCAUCAAUGUCUGUGUUUGCAGACUGGCCAAUAAGGAGCAGUGCUGGUUGACUUUCAUUUCGGGUGGUAUUGCAUUGUGGCGUUGUUUUCAUGUUGUCAAUGUUAAUGUUUUCAUACUUAAUAACCGUACUCAAUGUUAAUUUUAUAUGUUCUUGAAGUCUUCACACGACUUUUAUCUCUCCUCCAGUAAGCGAGACACAACAGCAUUAUCUACACUACUCUACUCUACUAGCUGAAAAUUUUUCACGAUGAGACCAAAGGUUACGCCAGUUAGAAAAGGACCAAUGGACAAAUUUCUCAAGGUACAAUUUUUUUUACCUGCUCAGUGAAAUAUAAACUCAAGUCUUGCUACUUUGGUUUCAAGUCUGUUAACUUAAACAUUUGGGUUUUUAAUAUAUUUUCAUACAGAAAGGUUCUUUCUUGAGGAAUAAUUUGGCUUCUUUUUUUACCACAUGGUUUUAUUUUCUUGCAGAAGUUCACAAUGAGAUUGUGUUUAUUCCAGUCAUGUUUCUGAGAUGUCUUCACCAAUCUGUAUUUGUCUAUCAGUCAGGUGAUCAUCUGGAGAAGUCACCAGGGUGUAGCAAACCUUUCACCCCUACAGAGCCAAAAAUGUCUGCAGCCUCUUGUCAGCCUCCUGUGAAACCAGUCAAACAGGUAUAUCUGAUGGUUUGUAUGAAUUUGUAAUGGAACAAAAUGUAUUGCACUGUAAUAACACAAGAGGAAUGAAAAUAUUUCAUAUUUUUAGGAAGAAGAGCCACAUGAGACCCACUCCUUUUUGUGGAUUGGAAGUGACAAGACACGCACCAACUUGACCUGCAACAAGGCAGGAACUGUGGAGGACUCGCUGAAAAGAAGUCCGGAAUUCACAAAGCUUGCAGAUAAGAAUAAAAACAAAGAGCUUGUCAUUUUAAGAGAUGGGAAAGCGAUCAGUCCUCAUUUCCCAUGUUACUUAAUCGAGAAUCAAGGAUGUAUAAGUGUCAAGUACGUUAAAGCUGGCAAAGAGAGGCCUUCCAGUGAGAACUGUGCUCCUGCAAUUCGCAGAAGAAAGUGUCAGUCUGAUAAGCCUGUGAUAUUUAAUGUGUUGACUAGAGGAGGUGAAAAUGUAAGAAGAAUCAUGAAAAAGCAAGAAAUUGCAAACAAAUUUGAGGAAAUUACUGUUUUUGCUUACAAAGGGGAAAAGGUGAGGCAUGCUCUGAGAAGAGACAACCGUUUACUAAGUGUCAUAUUCAACAAGAACUGUGCCCUCGUUGAAAAAGGUACUGACAUAAAAACUGAAAUGCUUGAUCUAGUCGAUGAACUUGACGGUAAAACUGUCAGGAUCAAAAAGAUCAGUGAGUCCCCACCACCAGUCAGUCCACCUGAAAGUCAAGAGGAUGCAUAUGUGAUGCAAAGUGAGCCUCAGAAGUCUGAGUCAGUUGAAAACCAAGUUCCUCCACAGCAGUCUACUACAGGAGAGUCAGGGGAUGAUGGUAAAACUGGGGAAAAAGCCAAGCAAGGUGGUGUCAUAGAGCCAGAAAAAAUGCCUGAUUCAGGAAAGAUGAUGAAGCAUCUGCGUUCUGAGAUUAAAAGUCUGGUCAAAGGGAGGAAAACUGAAGUCCCUACGCUUUCUCCCAUCCAGAAUCGCUUCCGUCUUGAGUUCGGCAAGAAAACUCAGACAUGCAAUGAAGUAAGAACAAUGAAGAAACUGAUGGUUCUCAGUGAUUCAGUGUGCCAGGUGAGGAUAAACGGAAGACCUAAUGGAACUGGCUUCCUCCUCUUUGACAAGUUUGUCCUCACAAAUGGCCACGUGAUUAAAAACAGUAUUAAUAUGAGUGAUGGGCAGCUUUGUGAGCCUGUGACAGUCCAUUUCUCCUUUGAGAGUCUGGACCAGGUGGAUCCAGGAGCAAAAGUGGAGGAGGUUGCAGGCUUUGAGUACGGUCAGGAUCCUUCAGGUCAUAAGUAUGACUGGGCUUUGUUGAAACUCUGUGCUGAUCAAGAGUUACCAUGUCCUCUGAUUCAACAGUUUGGUUUCCUUCCCAAGGGUGGAGCCAUUUGCAUUAUUGGGCAUCCUGGUUCUGAUGUGAAAAAGAUUGAUCCAUGCUUGAUUAUUCCCACUGAUAAGUGCAACAAGGUCGUAGAGGAGCAUCACCGUAAUAAUCCAGAUGGUGUUUUUGUGGAGUACAAUGGGGUCUUUCAGUUGGUUACCAGCAUUUUUUUUCAAGACGUGGCACAAUCUGUUCAAAGCAAUCGUCAGACUCUCUCAUACGAGUCCUGCUUCUAUUAUGGGUCAUCUGGCUCUCCUGUCUUUGACGAGCACUGUAAUGUCGUUGCAAUGCAUUCAGGUGGAUAUGCAUAUGAAAACAAAAAGCGUGAACAGAACAGUGUCAUUGAGUUUGGCUAUCCUCUGUCAAGCAUCCUUGAACACCUGAUCAUCCAGGUCGUGAAAAGAGGAAGGUUUGAUGUGCUGAAAGCAUACCUGGCUGCGGGUUUUGCACAGCACCAAAAAGUGAUGAGCAAUGUAAAGAAACUAGUUGAGGGAAGAAAUCUUGUGGCAUUUAAAAAUGCAAUCAACAACUUAAAGACCACAGAUGAGAGUCUGAAGAUGUUUUGUGGAUUCUUCUCUCAGGAAGAGGAACUUGUGCCCAUGCACACUGACUGAAUGUGCACUGAUGGUUGAUAGACAGCAGCAGCAGUCAGCAACAGUAUGUGUUAAAUCUGUUUUUAUAUGUAGGACACUCUUGUUGCAGGGAUAAGUGGGGCAUAGAGUAAACCAAAACCAGAUACAUAUUCAUCGUGUAAAGAUUCAUAAUCAGCGUCAGGAUCAAUCAGAAAAUGUAUAUUUUAAUCACAUGACUUCAUUUGCUGUUUUUUUUCAAGGCUUUUAUAAAUGGUGUUUGGUUUUUUAUUUCCUUGUGUAUAUUUUAAAGAACCAGACUGAUUGACGAAACAGACAAGAUUAAGAGAAAAAAAUUGUAUUUUAUAUGCAUCAUGGAAGCACUUGUAUCAUCAGACAAGUCAAAACAGAUCUGUUAAAAAAAAAAAAACCUGACUCUUAUUUGUCUUGUUCUGUUAUUCUUUUGUAAAAACAUCAGAAAUACUCUGAAUUGUCUGUGUUCAAGUCAAUUUUUAAAACUCUAUUAUUUGUGUAAACUUGGAUGAAUGUUUAUUGUUUGUCAAAAUCAGACUUCCUUCAGCAGAACUUGUCAAACUUGUUGGAUAUAAUGACCGUUGCAUGCUUGUAUGCUCAAAUAAAAUGCAAAUAACAAACAACACGA